UCGCUUUUUAUUUCCAGGCCUGCGGGAUACAACGGGAAUACAAAAAUGCGCUAGAGCGGUCCGCAACGCUGUAGUCUGCGUAAGGAACAAUUGAUACUAAGUGGCACUAGGCUGCAGGGGGUGCCACUGACACACUGGGAGAGGGCUCAGCCAACCACAAGGUGAUAACGAGGUCAGCGGAGCACUAGAAACCGGCUCACUAGCCUCCUGAUCAGUCUCGGCCCAGAGGAAAAUGAAGGGCUUGAGCUUCUGCUUUUACAAAUCUGAGGGGCAGGAAAUGAAAUCCCACUAGCAGUCUGCGUAGUGGAGUUGAACCCUCGCACCCGCUCCCCAGGGGGUCGCCUACAACGCGUUCCAGGUGGGCAGGCUCAGGCGCUGCUCCCUCACAAGCCCCCGGCCACGCGGUGUCUGGGACCGGGUGCCUAGUCAGCCCGGGUGGCUCCGCCCCGAGGCCCCGCCCCAUGACGCGAGACCCCGCCCCCGCAGCGCCCGCUUCCAAGAUGGCGGCAGCGAUGCCUGCCCGGCCGUUAGGGUGGCGGUGACGACAGGCAGCAAAAGACCAGCUGGUCCCAGAUUCGCUGCUGGAGUGCUGGAUGGAGCCUUUCUCUGCCCUCUGUGACAUUUCCAAUUUUAGAUAAUGCCUCACAUCUCUGUCCCCCCGGGACCCCCUGGAGCCCCCAUGAUCCCUAAGAAGACAGCUUGAACCUAGAAUUCCCCUCUCCCUCCCUAGAUCUCACCCCCAGGAUGUUGCGGAGGCUGCUGGAGCGGCCUUGCACGCUGGCCCUGCUUGUGGGCUCCCAGCUGGCUGUCAUGAUGUACCUGUCACUGGGGGGCUUCCGAAGUCUCAGUGCCCUAUUUGGCCGAGAUCAGGGGCCGACAUUUGACUAUUCUCACCCUCGUGAUGUCUACAGUAACCUCAGUCACCUGCCUGGGGCCCCAGGGGGUCCUCCAGCUCCUCAAGGUCUGCCCUACUGUCCAGAACGAUCUCCUCUCUUAGUGGGUCCUGUGUCGGUGUCCUUUAGCCCAGUGCCAUCACUGGCAGAGAUUGUGGAGCGGAAUCCCCGGGUAGAACCAGGGGGCCGGUACCGCCCUGCAGGUUGUGAGCCCCGCUCCCGAACAGCCAUCAUUGUGCCUCAUCGUGCCCGGGAGCACCACCUGCGCCUGCUGCUCUACCACCUGCACCCCUUCUUGCAGCGCCAGCAGCUUGCUUAUGGCAUCUAUGUCAUCCACCAGGCUGGAAAUGGAACAUUUAACAGGGCAAAACUGUUGAACGUUGGGGUGCGAGAGGCCCUGCGUGAUGAAGAGUGGGACUGCCUGUUCUUGCACGAUGUGGACCUGUUGCCAGAAAAUGACCACAAUCUGUAUGUGUGUGACCCCCGGGGACCCCGCCAUGUUGCCGUUGCUAUGAACAAGUUUGGAUACAGCCUCCCGUACCCCCAGUACUUCGGAGGAGUCUCGGCGCUUACUCCUGACCAGUACCUGAAGAUGAAUGGCUUCCCCAAUGAAUACUGGGGCUGGGGUGGUGAGGAUGAUGACAUUGCUACCAGGGUGCGCCUGGCUGGGAUGAAGAUCUCUCGGCCCCCCACAUCUGUAGGACACUAUAAGAUGGUGAAGCACCGAGGAGAUAAGGGCAAUGAGGAAAAUCCCCACAGAUUUGACCUCCUGGUCCGUACCCAGAAUUCCUGGACGCAAGAUGGGAUGAACUCACUGACAUACCAGUUGCUGGCUCGAGAGCUGGGGCCUCUUUAUACCAACAUCACAGCAGACAUUGGGACUGACCCUCGGGGUCCUCGGGCUCCUUCUGGGCCCCGUUACCCACCUGGUUCCUCCCAAGCCUUCCGUCAAGAGAUGCUGCAACGCCGGCCCCCAGCCAGGCCUGGGCCUCUACCUACUGCCAACCACACAGCCCUCCGAGGUUCACACUGACUCCUCCUUCCUGUCUACCUUAAUCAUGAAACCGAAUUCAUGGGGUUGUAUUCUCCCCACCCUCAGCUCCUCACUGUUCUCAGAGGGAUGUGAGGGAACUGAACUCUGGUGCCGUGCUAGGAGGUAGGGGCCUCUCCCUCACUGCUGGACUGGAGCUGGGCUCCUGUAGACCUGAGGGGUCCCUCUCUCUAGGGUCUCCUGUAGGGCUUAUGACUGUGAAUCCUUGAUGUCAUGAUUUUAUGUGACAAUUCCUAGGAGUCCCUGCCCCUAGAGUAGGAGCAGGGCUGGACCCCAAGCCCCUCCCUCUUCCAUGGAGAGAAGAGUGAUCUGGCUUCUCCUCAGACCUCUGUGAAUAUUUAUUCUAUUUAUGGUUCCCGGGAAGUUGUUUGGUGAAGGAAGCCCCUCCCUGGGCAUUUUCUGCCUAUGCUGGAAUAGCUCCCUCUUCUGGUCCUGGCUCAGGGGGCUGGGAUUUUGAUAUAUUUUCUAAUAAAGGACUUUGUCUCGCA